AUGUGGGGCAAGUUGGUGUUGAUCGUAUUCUUCGCCGUGAUAUUGCAGCAUGUCGUGAGAUUCUUGUUUUUGAUAAAUACUUUUCAAAAGGUGUUCAAUCAUGCCCCAGGACCGUGUCGGAAGUUACCUAGUGUUGUGAAUGGAUCUGAAGACGCAUACGUGUUGUCUAAUGGAUUGCUUUUCAUAUCAUCGGGCUUUGGACACUCUGGGAAGAUCCUCAGACUGGAUCUGGACGCGGAUGUCACUGAUACAGACGAGUUCCGGAUAGAGGGAGACUUUGACCCUUCUUCUCUCUCCCCUCACGGUUUAAGUGUGUGGCAGAACCCCAAAUCUGGUGAGGUAACACUGUUUGUUGUAAGUCAUGCCAGAGCUGGGGAGAGAGUUGAGGUAUUCCGCCAUGAUGGAACCAAAACAUCCAAGGUGCUGAAGCACCUGAGGACCAUUACAGACCCCAACUUUAAAACAUUAAACGAUUUGGUGGCCACUGGUCCCGACUCAUUUUACGCUACCAUAUUCUACACCUUCGGUCUUACGGUAGACUUCCUGCUUCUUUACCCUGGGGGUGGGGUACUUCGUUAUGACCAUGGCAAGACCACUGUCUUGGACACAGGACUGGUCUUAGCCAAUGGCAUCAACAUUUCUCCAGAUAAACGGUAUCUUUAUGUGGUAGAGGGAGGACGAAGGAACAUUGUUACCUAUGAAAUACAGGCAGAUAAAACAAUCAAGCGUGCACAGGUUCUUGACACUCAGACUGGCCCAGACAAUAUCCACGUGGAUCCAGACACUGGUGAUCUGUGGAUAGGAGGUCACCCUAACAGUUAUAUCACAGGAUUUCAUCUGUCCUUUCCGGAGAAAAAGUACGAGUACCCUGCGUACUCCCAGGUUUUAAGAAUGAGGGUAGAUCGUGGUAAGAUAACAAGCGUUAGAGAAGUCUAUGUGAACGACGGGUCUGAGAUUAUGGCUUCUAGCAUAGCCAUCCCCUACAAGAAAACACUGUUUAUUGGAUCGGUGAUUGAAGGAGCUGUAGUGUGCGAACUGAUUUACCCUGGAUAAACCUGUGUAUCGCAUGACACACAC